AUAUAAGGCGCGCAGGGCCUCGGCAGGACAUAGUGCUCGCACAGUCGCUCCCUCGUCACCACCCUACACACCACACAACAAACAACAUGAAGGCUGCUCUCUGCAUUUUGUUGCUGGCCGUCGCCGCGCACGCCGUCGAGGAGAAGAAGAACGAGAAGCGCGGCCUUCUCGGGCUCGGAUACGGUGCUGCGGUCGCUGCGCCCGCGCCGAUCAUCUCGCACGGAUUCUACGACCACGGCGUGUACGGGCACGGCCUCGCCGCCGCCGCGCCGCUCGUGUCCCACGGCUACUACGGCCACGGGCUCGGCCUGUACGGACACGGCGUCGCCGCCGCCCCGGUGCUGGGACACGGCGUUGCCUACAGCGCGCCGCUCUACGGCUCCCUCGGCUUCGGACAUGGCUUCGGACAUGGAUGGCAUUGAGCGACACUUCAAGUAAUAUUAAGCAGGCAGGUUGUCAGAACUAGCAAACUGUUGUCGACAGUAUGCGCAGUUUAUUAGAUGACUUGAUUUAGUGUACGCGUGUAUCCGAGUGCCAAAUUAAUUGUUCAAUUACGUCCUCGUUUCAUAUUUUAAUAUAUUUUUUUCUAAAAAAA